AUGGAUGCACUUAAGGUUCUUGAUCUAUACAGAAAUCCUAUCAAGAGUCUUCCAAUUUCCUUGUCGAAGUGUCCCGGGCUCACAACAUUGUUGUUGUCUGAUUGUCGUAUAGAAAGUAUUCCAGAAAGCUUCUUCGAUGAUGCGAAUGAACUCAAGAUUCUUGAUCUUUCCUUCAAUCCUAUCAAGAGUCUUCCGCAUUCCUUAUCAAAUUUGAAGAACCUCACUUCAUUGUUGCUUGCUUAUUGUAAAGAUUUAGAGAAUGUUCCAUCGUUGUCAAAUCUUGGAGUUUUAAAGAAGUUGAAUCUUCGAGGAACAAAUAUCAAGGAAAUCCCUGAUGGGAUGGAAAACUUGGUGAGUCUUGAGUACCUAAAUUUAGGUUAUUUCUACAGCUUAAAUGAGAUCCCGAAUGAAGUACUUUCAAGACUUUGUUGUCUUCAAGACUUGAUCGUCGGUGAAACUCUGAUAAAUGGAAAGGAGGUUGGUGAAUUGAAGAAACUGCAGGGAACUCUUGAAGGGAGGUUUCAUGACUGGAACAACUUAAAUAUGUAUCUCGAAGCUUGUCGUGGCCGAGAAGAGCCUCGUCAAUACAUAAUCUACGUGGGAGAUAUAGGCUUUCCUACGUUUUUUGAAGGUGCAAGAAAAGAAAUUGUUGUAAGUGGUUGUAACAUCUAUACCUACCAGAUUGUGCUUCCACGUGACAAUGAGGGAUUGCAAAUUAGGGAAUGCAAUGUUGAUUGCAGUGAAGAAUACCCUCUUUUCUCCAGGUUUAUCCUCUUCUCACUUUCCUCCUUUUCAUCUCUUAGAUCUCUUAAAAUAAAUGAUUGCAGAAAUAUGAAAAAGUUGUUCUCCCCAAAUUGUGUGCCGCUAAAUUUACAAAUACUCAGUGUUGAAGGGUGUAAGCAAUUGGAGGAAAUAAUAACAUCAGAAGUUGAGACGGCGGAAAGAGGAAUGGUUAUCACCGAGUUUUAUCUUCCACAAUUGAGCCUAUUGAGUUUGUGGGAUCUACCGGAAUUAAAGAGCAUUUGCAGUGCUGGUGGAGUACUGGUUUGUGAUUCUCUCUACAAAUUGAGAUUGUAG